GGGGUGACUAUGUAUUGGACAAUGGUCUGCUAAUUAGACUCACUGGCGGAAAUCUUUUCCUGACUUCAAAUGUUGGGCCGUCCAGUUAGAUUUUGGAUUCGCCAGGGCAAAGAACAUAUUACAGUAUUGCGUAUCGUUUCUACAAAGGUGACAAAUCGAUCAAGGUGGUUUUUAUAGUUAUACAGGUGGGUUGUAAUCAACCAAUCAGAUAAGCCGUACCUUUAAUUUGUGAUACAUAUUAGAUUUUGAAAUAAGUCAUAUAACUCCACCAGGAAAUAGUACUUUUGCAUUCAGCAAAUUUCUAAUAAUGGAUUUCAAAAUAUUGUUUUUCUCUGUGUUGAUAUCUGUUGUUGGUGCCCAACUUGAGGAAGAACCACAAACAACUGCAGUAAGAGUUGGAAGUUCAGUUACAUUCCUUUGCACCCUAACUGCUGAUCAGGUGGCUCAAGGAUGGACCAUCACAUGGAAGGAAGGGGAGGAGUUCAUUUAUGUUGGUAGCACUGGGGUUAAUUCUAACCCAACCAAAUAUACCAUUUCAGGAAACGCCAAUCUUCAGAUCAAGGAAGUCACAACAGAGGAUGCUGGUCUUUACCAAUGUCGAGUUUAUCCAAAGGGAGGCACCGCACCCUUUGACAGAACAGCAAAACUAAUUGUCAUAGGCAAGAUGGACUGCCCAAAUAACAAUGGGCUGAUGGUAGAACAAGGCAAGGGAGAAGUGACUUGCAUGGCACAGAUAUCCCCGGAUGAUCAAGAUUUUGAACUGAAGUGGUACAAUAAAGGUGGUACAGAGCUACCCUGUAACAAGUCCAUGAAUGGGUUAAUGAAAAGCUGUAAGGCACACUUUGUCACCAUGUGGAAUGAUGUUAGUAUGUUCUGUAGGCUUGAAAUUGAUGUUGGUGGUGUGGAAGUGAAAGAAGAGUGUGAAACUUCACCACCCUUUGUCAUUAAUUAUGCAAUUAAACAAUUAAAGAUUAUGCCAUUUGACAUGUCUGGUGGCCAAAAGACAGAAUUCUAUAGUGGAGAAAUCCUCAACUGCUCUGCAAUGGGAUACCCUGAACCCACUUACAUCUGGGAGGAAUUGAACAUUGAGACAGAGGAAUCAAUGGGACAAGUAAGCACUGAAGCUUCUCUUCCAUUAAAUGGUAUGUCAGGAGACAAAAAAUUCCGAUGUACGGUCAGCAACUCAUUUGGAGAAGAGUUCAAAGACACUCCCAGAAUAACUGUACUGAAAGGAACAGGAACAGGUGAGGUGGGAGAUAAUGCUGGGAUGCACGUCACCGUCUCUCUUGCAGUCAUCUUAAUGACAUCACUCAUCAGCCUUAGUUUUGCCACAACCCAUUAGCAAAAUACACAUGGAUACUUCACCUAUGCGGCAACUGUCCCAUGCCCAAAUAAGGGACUGUGUCACUUGUUGUGGAUGGUGGUAACUCCAUGUGCGGGGAACCAUAUUUAAUUCUCAGAAAUUAUUCAAUAUUUUUUCGAAUUACUUUUCUUUUAAGGGAGGUCUACAGUUGCAAAUAAGAAAAAUCAUGACAAAUAUGCUAUAUUUUAAGCAACUGGUCAGGAUUGUGAAAAUAAGUGUUUUGCCAUUCUAAUAUUCAUCUCAUCUUUCUGUACAACAAUCAACAUGCUCUAACUGAUGGAGCCCCAUUGCAGGCUGUACCUCCCCAUGAAACUCAUAAUCAGUUUAUUUAUGUAAUUGGCCCUCAACAUUUUCAGCAAAACUGUAUUGAUCAAAAGUGUGCACAAACUAAUCCAUGUCUUUGUAGAAAGGAAAUGCUGAGUUUAUCACCAAUUUGUACAAACUAUUGGGGGUGGGGGGGCAGUUUGGUGUUGCCUUGUUGUUGGGAGAAGUUUUUAUAUAACAUUUUAUACAACCUAACAACAAGCUUGUUGCCUUGGCAACACCCUUUUACAUUUGUACAGCUGAAAAUCAAUGUUUAUAGUUUGUAUGAUGUUUAUAUUUUUAUUUUAUUACUUUUUAGUGGAUAAUACCAUUUAGUUUUCUAAAACCAUGACUCUAAAACUACAUUUGAUAUUAUACAAAUAUAUCAUUCACUCUCUUGAAUGAAAUACUGAUAAAUACAUUUAUACUUUUAUGAAUUUUUACUUUAACUUCUCUGAUUAUUACAGUAUGUGAUGUUGUAACAACUAGUGAUUGGGUAAUUUAGACCAGUGUUUCUUGGAAAUAUUUUGUAAGAAGUUCAAUUCAGACUUCGCAAAUAUUGUGUUGUACCAAGGAGGCCUGGCUCCCAUGGUUCCUUGCUAAUUCUCUAGUGAACAUGUUGACUGGUCAGUUCUGAGACACCCCUCUAUAGGAUUAGCCAAUCAACAGGGUUAGAUUUAUAUCAUGGUGGCUUUCACAUGAUAGCAAGCAUAUGCAGCAAUGUUUUGAUUUCUUUGUCAUGAUUACAAAAUUCAAAAUUAAACUGACCCCAUUUUAGAAUUUAAAUAAUGAGUUCCUAAUUACUUAAUAAAUAU